UUCAGGUGCCAGGAGUGGGCAGUGAUGGAGCCUGAUCCUGAUGAGUGGACAAAAGGGCUGCCUGCCUGUCCCUGUACACGGAACCAGGUUCUGGAGGAUCUUUCAUUUAUGCAGGAUACAUCUGUGCCUAGUCCAACUGUGGUGAGGCUGAGGGGUCAGCGGUGGGGGAGUGCACAGGGGCAGACCUUCCGCUCAGUCCUCACCAAUAUAUAUGGCUCAGGGAAGAGGUGUGUGUAUGAACCUGAUGGUGCCCUGCUAGCUGGAUACAAUGAACGCUACUUCUCUGGAGACAGCAUACAGAAACAUAUUGAUGAAGAUCUCCUGCCCUUUCAGUGGUGUUGUAUUGAGUCUCCACUUUGCCACUUUUACCUCGACAAGAGGCCGCUGGACCGCUGUCAAGGUUACAGCUGGACUAGACCUGACGGCUUCACCCAAUCCAAGAAGGUGACACAGGGUAUAGCAAUGGUGUAUGGCAGCCUCCAUUUCAUCACCUUUGAUGGGAGAACGUACUCCUUCAAGGCCCUGGGAGAGUUUGUGAUAUUGCGUCUCUCAUCUGCCACCGGCUCUAAUAUCUUCACCCUGCAAGGACAGAUUGACAGGCUACACCCAGACGCAAACAGGAUCACUGAAGUCCCAGCGGUGGUGCGCAUGGCUGCCUUCUACCAAGGCAUUGGCAAGAUUGAAUGGAGGAGUUCAGAGCAGGACAGCGGACUGCGAGUUUUGGUGGAUGACGUUGAAGUCCCAGUCACCGUUGGUCUUGUACAUGCCAGUAAGAAUAACUUUGCAGUGCGCUGUACUGAACUGAACCGCUGCGCGGCUGUGUACGCCAACGGCCUCCACGUGGUGGUGUGGCGAAGCGUGGGCAGCAAUCAGCUGUGCGCCAUAGUGGAGGUUCCUGAGACCUUCUUCAACCGCACCGUGGGUCUCAUGGGCCUCUGGAGUGCCAACCCCUCUGAUGAUUUCCUCAUGUCCAAUGGCAAGGUCAUUCGCUCGACAGAUGUCAGCACCCCUGCAGAGGAAAAACUGCAUCCCUUUGGUUUGUCCUGGGCAGUCCCAGGCCCAGAGAGCCUAUUGUCCUCUCAAACUCCUAAUAAUUCACUGGUGGUCACCCCCAUUGAGAACCUGCUGAAAAGCCUCAGUCCUGUUGAGAUUGAAGAGCUGACAAGAACCUGUAAAAGCAGCAUGCAAUGUGUCCAUGACACAGUAGCAACCAGUGUCCCUGAACUGGGCCAGGAGACUCUGAAGGCUGAGACAGAAUUUCAAAAUCUGGCCCUGAUCAAAGGUAACAUGCCUCCCAUAGUGACACAGCCCACAGUGAUCCGCUCUCAGGUCAAAUCCCAGGUCAGCGUUCAGAUCAUGGCUGAGGAUGCCAACAGAGACAGCAUCACUUAUUCGCUGCUCUUACCCAGGCCUCCACAAGCUUCGAUCGACAGCGGUAAUGGCCAGCUGACGUGGACCCCUCUAAGCACCCAGCCUGUCCAGCUGAGCAUCAAGGUCAGUGACAAACUGAGCAGCUCCCUGUUCACUCCCAUCCUGCGUGUCUGCAACUGCCUCAACGGAGGAACCUGCCAGUAUGACAGCAUCGCUGAAAACCAUCUGCAGGGAAAGUUUCAGGUGGUGGGGUGUCUGUGUCCAAAGGGAUUCAGUGGGAAAUUCUGUGGGAACACCACAGAUUUAUGUCGAGGCAAACCCUGUUUCCGAGGAGUGCAGUGCCGGUCAGAGUCUGGCCAGUUCACCUGCGGUGAAUGUCCAGAUAACACUUUCACUAAUGGGAAAAAAGGAUACAAGUGCUUUGAAAGUAACAUGUGCAUCCCUCCUUUUCCCUUCCCCUGCCACAAAUAUGCUUAUUGCAACAGCACAAAACAGAGCUACACCUGCACAUGUAUGGAAGGCUUUAAUGGAGAUGGACACAACUGCACAGAUAAAGACGAGUGCGUGGAGAUUAUGGCUUGUGAAAAUGCCAAGUAUGAGUGUAAGAACAAGAUUGGUACCUAUGAAUGCAUCUGCAGAUAUAAAAACUCCAAGGAUGCUGAAGGAUGUGGUGACUCUCCCAAUCCCCCAGGCUAUAACAUGUUCAAUGUCUCUGUGGUCUGGAAAAAGAACCCAGCUGGUGGGAUCCAACAGUUGGAUGACAUGUUAACCAAAGGUUUUACAAACAAGUAUUAUAACCUCACCGAGAUCAAUCAGGGAUUCACGCCGGAUGUGCUUGAAUAUCGAAUCAAAGUGUCCAGUGACACCCCCCACUGGUACAUCACAGACUACCUGACCAGAGUCAGCAGCCACUAUGGCAUCCAUGCCAUAGAAGUUAAUGACGUGGAUGAGUGUAAUAGUAACGAGCAUACGUGUGCCCAUCCUGCUCUGUGCAUCAACACCUACGGUGGCUACAGGUGUAUUUGCAACGGGACUGAAGUGGAUAAAAACCAGUCCUGCAUCAUAGACAGCGGCGAAGUGAAUGACACAGAGAUAAACCUGGUCCUGGGGCUGGUUCUGGGCAUCUGCAUCCCUCUGCUGCUGCUACUGCUCCUGGCUGUUCUGGCCUGCUUCUUCUGCUGCCGCAAGAAGACUGUUACUGGAGAAAUCCCCCACCUGUAUCCAAACUACAUCCCGGAGCAGUACAACCCUCCACCCUUCAACUAUUCAGACCCGGCUCUGCAGUACAUGACUCACUGCAGCCCUCGAGUCCUAGACAACUACAUACCAAGGCAGCGCCAUAGAUAGCACACGGUUACAGCCACAUACAUCACACGCACAUUUGCAUCUUAUCAACCACAACAUUAAAACCACAUACAGUACAAAAUUAUGCCACCCUCGUGCCCCAGAUCACCUCUCAGCCAUCAGCGCGUCGACAUGGGACCUCUUGAUGAGGUGUCCUGUGGUGUCGAGUGGUGGGACUUCAGCAGUGGAUCAUUGCGGCUGUGAGCUGUUUAGGGGCAUCCUCAGUGUCUCUUAUGCUACAUGCAUCAAUGCAUCCAUGCCAAAGGAAACCUUGUGUAAAAUUAUCGUGAAUUAGUCCGGUAUGAUAAACAUCACUAAUUCACGCCCCAGGGACGCCAGGGGGCUGUCACUUCCCCUAACAGUGGUUUUAAUGUUGUGGCUAAUCAUUAGGUGUUUAAAAAUGUUGAGAUGACUGAUUUUGAUUUAUCCCAUCACAAACAAGUAAUCAAACCCGAGUGACUUUAAAAGACAGUUAUUUCCAAUCCUCUCCAUUGAUCCAGUGAAAGAUGUGCCAAGUUCGAACUGGAAGCGUUUUUUCCGCCUGAACAACAGUUUAGAGUCAGAGUCUUACCCAGCAGAAUUCGACAACCUCUUGGCUGGAGACGCUGAUGAAAAGUAAACCACUGCAGUGGUCCUUGGUUUCCAGCUGACCCAACGCCAAUGGCUUGUUUGAUAGCAACAUUAGCAUUUGUCAGAAUACCUGAUGUCAGGAUCUGUUCACAAUAAAUUAAGUAAAAUUAAUCCCUACUGGCAAAACCAGCAGCACUCAUACCCAGUAAAACACAAUAAAUUCAAUUUGUGUUAUUAUUCUGCCGAGACUUCAAUCCAUGAAAAGUAGAUGUCGCUGUUUUUUAAAAGGCAUUUAUCUGCUGUGAAAGUGACACCCUUUAUUGUUUAUUGAUUGACUGUGUCCCGAUAAAUUUAACAAAGCAAGAGUGAUUCAGUGCUGCAGCUGGAAGCUGUCAGUCAUAAAACCUCCCAGACUCUGCAAGUAAGAACUAUUUCUAAGUCUAAAUAAAAUGCCACUUUAGCAACUGUGUGGUUUACUGAUAUUGUUUCAAGAGCAGAAAGGGUGGAUGCAAUGAAUUUUGAUAUUGCAUCAACCAUGUCACUUUAUAAUGCUGGAUACAAAAUGAUUGUUUGGCUAAGGAUAGUACAGAUGUGCAAACAUCCUCUUGCCAGCUGAUACGAGUCAUAUUGAAGGUGCUGACAGCUGGAUCAUGCUAAAAGAAUUCAACUAUUCAAUUCAGUUUUAUUUA